GGGCGGAAGUGACGUCGUGCCCCAGCGCCCGAGCCAUGGCGGCGGCGGCGGUAGCAAGGGUUGCGGCGUGAGUGGCAGCUGCGGACUGAGCGGACCUGGGCGGCGGAGCCCCGGGGUCCCCGGGGAGAGGCCCUCAGCAGGGCAGCGCGAAGGCCGGAGCCGGACUCCGUCGAGCCCCGCUUGGAGGGGGGGUCCGUGCCCCGUCACCAUGACGACGCCGGCGAAUGCACAGAAUGCCAGCAAAACGUGGGAACUGAGUCUCUAUGAGCUGCACCGGACCCCGCAGGAAGCCAUCAUGGAUGGUACAGAGAUUGCGGUUUCGCCUCGGUCACUGCAUUCGGAGCUCAUGUGUCCCAUCUGUCUGGACAUGCUGAAGAACACAAUGACCACCAAGGAGUGCCUGCACAGGUUCUGCUCGGACUGCAUCGUCACUGCCCUGAGGAGCGGGAACAAGGAGUGCCCUACCUGCCGGAAAAAGCUGGUAUCCAAGCGGUCCCUGCGGCCGGACCCCAACUUCGACGCUCUGAUCUCCAAAAUCUAUCCUAGCCGGGAGGAAUAUGAGGCCCAUCAGGACCGGGUGCUCAUCCGCCUCAGCCGCCUGCACAACCAGCAGGCGCUGAGCUCCAGUAUCGAGGAGGGGCUUCGGAUGCAGGCCAUGCACAGGGCCCAGCGCGUGAGGCGCCCGAUGCCUGGAUCUGACCAGACAGCCGCAAUGAGUGGUGGGGAAGGAGAACCUGGGGAGGGGGAAGGGGACGGAGAGGACGUCAGCUCUGACUCCGCCCCAGACUCUGCUCCAGGCCCCGCUCCCAAGCGACCCCGAGUAGGGGGUGCAGGGGGCGGCAGCAGUGUAGGGACAGGGGGUGGUGCUGCUGGUGGGGCUUGCGGCGGUGCUGGUUCUGAAGAUUCUGGCGACCGGGGCGGCACCCUAGGAGGGGGGACCCUAGGCCCCCCAAGCCCUCCCGGAGCUCCCAGUCCUCCAGAGCCAGGUGGAGAGAUCGAGCUUGUGUUCCGGCCCCAUCCCCUGCUUGUGGAGAAAGGAGAGUACUGCCAGACUAGGUACGUGAAGACUACUGGGAACGCCACAGUGGACCACCUCUCCAAGUACUUGGCCCUGCGCAUCGCCCUGGAGAGGAGGCAGCAGCAGGAGACCGCAGAGCCUGGAGGGCCUGGCGGGGGUGCCUCGGACUCCGGCGGACCUGACGGGGGUGGUGGGGAGAGGGGGCUUGCCGGAGGAAGCGAAGGUCCUGAGGAGCCUGCCUUGCCCAGCCUGGAAGGUGUCAGCGAAAAGCAGUAUACCAUCUACAUAGCUCCUGGGGGCGGAGCGUUCACGACGCUGAACGGCUCACUGACCUUGGAGCUUGUGAACGAGAAGUUCUGGAAGGUGUCCAGGCCGCUAGAGCUCUGCUAUGCUCCCACGAAGGACCCAAAAUGACGACGUCACAAGGGGACAGCCGGAAGAUGGGGACCGCGGGGUGUCUCUGCGUCCCAGCUCAGCCUGCCAGCUUCAUCUCCCAGGGCGCCCCCAGCCAGACAGCAAGAGGACAAACAAGGACAGACAGCUUUUAUACAAAGUAUCUAUAUUGAAUCAGUCUCUAUUGUACAGCACGGGACCUGUGCCCACUACUGCCUUUUCUAUGGACCCUAGCUGCCCACCCUGCCAGUGCCAGGGAGGUGGACAAGACCCCCCUCCCCGACCUCCUCCCUAAACAAAUUUGCUUAUUUCUUCUUUGAAA